AUGAUUACAAAAGAUCUCAUCAAAAUCAGUGAUAAUCAAGGUUCUAUAUGUGGUGAUUCGUCUCGUAUCAGUAGUUCGACUGCUAGCUGUGAUCCCGCUUGUAGUGAUUAUGAUGAUUCAAUAUCAAGCUACGUAUUGUCUACUGGUGGAAGGAGAUAUUAUUCACCGUCUGUUGGUGAAAAACAGUGUAUACCAUUCCUUACUCAAGUUCAUGACAGCUUAGAUAAAGCGUUCUUAUUUUACAAGAAUUAUGGUCGUUUAGGAGGGUUUGAUGUUCGGAAGGGAACUAAAAAGAGAGCUGAUGAUGGUACGAUAAUACUCAAGCAUUUUGUUUGCAGUUGUGAAGGUUUUGUUGAGCCAAAUAUUGGUAGAACGAAUGGCAGUGAGUGUAGAGAAAGGCGUACUGUGUCGAAGAGGUGUGGUUGUAAGGCAAGAUUGGUUAUGAAAUACAUGUUUCCGAACAAGUAUUUUGUAAUGUCUUUAAUUGAUGUACAUAACCAUCCUCUAGCUAGUGAAACAGGACGGCAAUUUUUGAGAGCUAGUAGGGAAAUGACAGCGGGGUUAAGGAAUGUUGUCUAUGAUGCUGCAAAAGCUAACAUAGGUUGUAGCAAAACCUAUACUCUUGUAAAGGAAAUGGUAGGUGGAUAUUCUAAUGUUGGCGCGACAUUGUGUGAUUUUAAAAAUUUUAAUCGGGACUUGAAGAGCUAUGUUGGUGACAAAGAUGGGCAGAUGAUUAUUGACAAGUUCAAGGUCAUUUCAGAGACUUCAGAAGGUUUUUACUAUGCAUAUGAAGUUGACUCAUCUGGACACCUUAUCAAACUGUUUUGGGCGGACGUAAUUGGUAGGAGGAAUUUUGAACUAUAUGGCGAUGCUAUGUCAUUUGAUGCAACUUUUGACACAAACAAGUAUAACAUGAUUUUUGCACCUUUCACUGGUGUUGAUAAACAUGACAAAUGUGUGACAUUUGCAUGUUGUCUUUUAUCUCAAGAGAAUGUUGCGCAUUAUACUUGGGCAUUUGAUCAUCUUGUAAAGGCUAUGGGAAGGAAUCCGGUGGUUGUGAUUACUGAUCAAUGUCCAGCUAUGAAAAUAGCUGUCCCUGCAUCAUUUUCUUCGGACAAUGGACUUAUUGCUUCUAAACAUCGUUUGUGUAUGUGGCAUAUUAUGGAAAAAUUCCCGGUCAAGCUUGGUAACCGUUUGGUCAAAGAGACAGUUUUUAUGGAGAAGAUGAAGAAAUAUAUAUGGUCAUCAAAUAUAGAAAUUGAAGAGUUUGAGAGAGGAUGGGAGGCUGUUAUUAAGGAGUUUAAGUUAGAGGAUAACAAGGGGUUAAAAGAUAUGUAUGGUAUAAGGGCUUCGUGGAUUCCCGCUUUCUUUAGAGACGAGCCUAUGUUUGGGUUGAUGAGGACUACAUCAAGAUCAGAGAGUGAAAAUUCUUUUUUUGGGCAAUUCCAUAAACAAGGAGACUCUUUAUGUGAAUUUUGGUUACGGUAUCAAAGUGCUAUGGAUCGGCAGAGGAAUGAAACGAAUCGGUUGAAUCAUGAGUCCAAUUCUAGUCUUCCUUCUACAGUGUCUAGGUGGUUCAUAGAAAAUGAUGCAGCAGACCUGUUUACACUUGCUAUCUUUUAUAAACUCCAAGAAGAAAUCAUUGCCUCCUGUUUGGACAUGCAAAUUAAAAGAAUGAGUGAGGAAAGAGAAGGUGUUACUUACAUGGAAAUCAGAGAUGUCAAGGUGCCGGAUAAAAUUUUCAAGGUUUCUGUUAGUUUAAAUCAUGCUGUUUGUUCGUGCAAGAAGUUUGUUAUGUGUGGGAUAGUUUGUAGACAUUCAUUUUGUGGUUUGAAACAGAUUGGAGUGACUAAGUUCCCACGGACACUUGUUUUAAAUCGAUGGACGAAACUUGCGGACAACGGGACCUCAUCAAUGUCACUAGCAGUUUCAAACAGUUUUUCUAAGAUGGAAGAAGUAUCAUUGAAAUUGACAAAUAUAUGGUUUGACUUUCAGCAGGCAGUUAAUAAGGCUGGAAUGGAGUUGGACAAGCUUGAUCAGGUUCAUAGUACUGUAAUGCAGCUUAGUUCUGAGCUUGAUAAUAAUUGUAGUAAUUUGACGAAGAAGGAUCACAUGGCAGCAAUGAUUGGUGAGCAGCCUUCAGGAGAUAUUACAAUUCUUGCACCAAAUAUUUGCAAGAACAAAGGCAAUUACUUUAAGAGGUUGAUAAGUGAAAGGUAGAAGGCAGUGACUAAAGCGAAAAAAAGAGUUCGAAAAUGCAAAGAAUGUGGUGCAACAACUCAUGAUUCAAGAAAAAGAAAGCAAGGAUUGAAGAGAGUGGUGCUUAAUUUUCAAUUUUUGUAUUAAUUUUGUUUUUUGGUGCACAGUACUUAAGAGAUUGAACACAGUACUUGUUGAUAUAUUUAGAUUGGUUUUAAUUGACAA